CUUGUACUCUUUAAGUCACCAAGUCUCUCAAGAGCAUGGCCUAUAAAUAUAUAGUGCCUUAUACAUUAACAAAAAUAUCAUAAAUUAAACUAGUUCAAUAAACUACUUCAUAAGAUAAUUAAAUUUCAAAAAAAUCAUAAAAUUAUUUGAUUUAACAGCAUUUUUUAAUACCCUCUUUUGAUUAAGUAAUGGAAAGAAAAACAUCUCAAAUUCAACCUCCAACUUAUGGAGAUUUCAUCACUGUUCUUAGCAUCGAUGGAGGUGGUAUUCGAGGAAUUAUUCCAGCUACCAUACUUAGUUUUCUCGAAUCUCAACUUCAGGAGUUUGAUGGAAAAGAUGCAAGACUUGCAGAAUACUUUGACGUCAUUGCCGGAACGAGCACCGGUGGCCUCGUGACGGCAAUGCUAACGGCACCAGAUGAAAAUAAUCGUCCGUUUUAUGCGGCGAAAGAUAUUACUCCAUUCUAUUUGGAGCAUUGUCCAAAGAUUUUUCCACAAAAUAAAUGUGGUUUGUUUGCUUCGAUGAGGAAGAUGGUGCAAGCUCUAAUAGGACCAAAAUAUGAUGGGAAAUACCUACAUGAAGUCAUCAAGGAAAAAUUGAAAGAUAGUUUACUUAGUAAUACUAUCACUAACGUUGUUAUUCCCACUUUUGAUAUCAAGAAGUUGCAACCAACUAUUUUCUCCACUUAUGAGACGAAACGAUCUGCACGUUAUGAUGCAAAAUUAUCCGAUAUUUGUAUUAGUACAUCAGCAGCUCCUACUUAUCUUCCUGCUCAUUAUUUCAAAGUUGAAGAUGACAAAGGAAAUAUUAUAGAACAUAAUCUCAUUGAUGGUGGCGUUGCUGCUAAUAAUCCGUGUUUAAUUGCAAUAUCAGAAGUAAGCAAAGAAAUAUUGAAGGAAAACCCAGAUUUCUUCCCAAUAAAGCCAAUGGAUUAUGGUCGUUUCCUUGUAAUAUCAAUAGGGACAGGAGCUCCAAAACUUGAACAAGAAUAUAAUUCAUCCAUGGCAGCCAAAUGGGGUAUCGUCGAUUGGUUAUUUCACAAAGGUUGCACACCAUUGUUUGAAGUAUUCACACAAUCAAGUGCUGAUAUGAUUGAUUAUCAUAAUUCUGUUGUUUUUCAAGCUCUUCAUAGUGAAGAUAGUUACCUUCGAAUUCAAGAGGAUGGACUAAGUGGAACAGAAGCCUCAGUGGAUGUGGCUACAAAGGAAAAUUUGGAGAGGUUAGUGGAAAUUGGAGAAAAAUUAUUGAAAAAACCACUUUCAAGGGUAAAUUUGGAAACAGGUUUAGAACCAAUUCCUAAAGGAGGCACUAAUGAAGAAGCCCUUAAGAGGUUUGCAAAAUUAUUAGUCUAUGAAAGAAGAUUGCGUGAGUCAAGAUCGCCAGUUAUCAAAAAUGUCUCGGAGUAAUAUAGUCAUAAAGAAAAUCCUACGUCUGGAAAGUAAAUUAAAUUUAAAUAUAAUGUAUAUUAUAAGUGAAAAUUUAUGUAUAUUGUUAUAAAUUGUCUGUUCUUCGUGUGAAAUUUGUCGUAUUUAUAAUAUAAUUUUUCAUGGUGACUAAUACGAAUUGCCACAAAAAUCUAUGCUUAUAA